CAGCUCGGGCGGCGGGAGGAGCGUCAGCGGCCCAGGCAGCCCAGCUUCGCGGAGGCUCUCGGCGCGCGGCGGCCCGCAGGCACCCGGCACGCGCCCGCCCCGCCGCCACGAUGCCCAAGAGGAAGGUCAGCUCGGCCGAGGGCGCGGCCAAGGAGGAGCCCAAGAGGAGGUCGGCGAGGUUGUCCGCUAAACCUGCUCCCGCAAAAGUGGAAACGAAGCCAAAAAAGGCGGCGGGAAAGGAUAAAUCUUCAGACAAAAAAGUGCAAACAAAGGGGAAAAGGGGAGCAAAGGGAAAACAGGCUGAAGUGGCUAACCAAGAAACGAAAGAAGACUUACCUGCAGAAAACGGAGAAACCAAGAACGAGGAGGUCAGAAAGUCCAGCCUCUGAUGAAGCAGGAGAGAAAGAAGCCAAGUCUGAUUAAUACCAUAUACCAUGUCUUAUCAGUGGUCCCUGUCUCCCUUCUUGUACAAUCCAGAGGAAUAUUUUUAUCAACUAUUUUGUAAAUGCAAGUUUUUUAGUAGCUCUAGAAACAUUUUUAAGAAGGAGGGAAUCCCACCUCAUCCCAUUUUUUAAGUGUAAAUGCUUUUUUUAAGAGGUGAAAUCAUUUGCUGGUUGUUUAUUUUUUGGUACAACCAGAAAAUAGUGGGAUAUUGAAUGUGGGAGGCUUUGAUUGUCUUGGGUGUCAGCUCAACAUUCCAUAGACGGGGUAGUUUUUAUAUCCUAUAAUACCAAGCAUACUAAAUGGCAAUUUGGAGUCAGUCGUGCAUUUAAUAUGUCUUGAACAUUUUAAAUUUCUUCUAUUCCCAUGUUGUUUUUGGUAGAAUUGUUUCCUAAAGAAAACCACUCCUAGAUCUUGGCUCUCCUUGUCAGAAUUCUUGUGCACUCUGUAACAUCUUGGUUGUGGUAGUCCAGUUUUUCUAGUAACUGUUAAUGUGCUGUGCAAGACUGAAAAUUUGAAUAUGUAGUGUAUAUGAUAUUAAAUUGUGAAUUAAUGGGACUUAACAAAGUAACAGUGUAUCAGCAUUUGAAGAUAUUGGUACCUGAUAUACUGUUAAGGAAAAUUUGCCUCCAAAUUUUAAGCUGGAAGGUCACUGGAAUAAUUUUUAGAAAAGGAUCACAACUACAUGAUUUUUUAGAUUUUCGGUACGUACGUUAAGAAUUGUGUACAAAUUGAAAUGUCUGUACUGAUCCUCAGAAGAACCAAUAAAAAAUUAUGAAAGAAUUUCUUGAAGCACAUAAAUUAGGUUCUGGCUUAAAUUUUAUUGAAAGAAUUACACGCUUGUUCUUCCAAAGUGUUCUUAAAAUUUGAAAGUGGAAUAUUUAGUUUUUUUGUAAUACUUGAACAUGUACAAAGUUCUUGGGAGAUGUUUGUGUGCCUGAUUCAGUUUAAUAAUGGGCAAACGGUCCAGCAUCCUGAAGCAAACUAAAUAUGUAAUUAUUUGUGCUUCAUAUUGAGAUAAGUAUUGGAUAAGCUAAAAGUAUAUCUAGUGUGGUUUGUGUUUGCAUAUUUUUGAGAUUUUCAUACAUAUUGCACUUUCGUCAGAGGUGUUAUUGGACACCUGCUAGUGCAUUUUGGGAAAUGCAAACACAGGGCCAGAGAACGCACCAGGCUGAGGUCACCACCUAAUGAGAAACCUUGAAACAGUGUAAACUUCACUAUACUUGUUAUUUUGCCCUGGAAUGAUUGGGGGUGGGGGACACGAAUGCUCUAGAAACAAGUGCUGAGGGAAUCACAGCUCUGCAAAGACGACCACAGGAAUGGCCGUUUUGAGCAGACUUCAAUCGGGAGUGAUGAAGUGUGACACCUUCUGUGAAACCACAGGAUGUUAAUGCAAAGAGGAUGUUGAGAUGAACGGACACCAAAGGAGGGCUGCUGUGGUGACCCUGAGGGAGUGGGAGGGGUCUAGGAGUCACGUUCCCCAGGUUCCCAGUUCUUGGUAUCUAUUGUUCCUCUGGAGGGCCUGGGACAGUGAUAAACAGAUUUGUCGCUAAUUUCUAAGUAUAGGCAGCACGGGUUUGUGGAUACGUAAAUUUAAGCAUUGAACUAAAACCUUUCUUGGUUGUAUGGUUACCUUUUUUUUUUUUUUAAGAUUUUAUUUAUUUAUUCAUAGAGACAGAGGCAGAGACACAGGCAGAGGGAGAAGCAGGCUCCAUGCAGGGAGCCCGACGGUGGGACUCGAUCCCGGGUCUCCAGGAUCACGCCCUGGGCUGCAGGCGGCGCUAAACCGCUACGCCACCAGGGCUGCCCGUGUGGUUACAUUAUACAAUCUUACUGAACCAGAAUUUCUCUAGCCACCUCUCUUGGUAGCAGUUAAAAAUGUCUAAAAACCCAUGACGAAAACCCUAGAAUUUUAAUCCUUUAACCUGUCUGGCACUGUUCACCUGUACCACCCAACCCCCUACCCCUAGGAACAGUUGGUCGUCGUGUACAGUCACAGGGAGAUCUCUGUUGUUCUGAAAUCCUUGCUAAUAAUAAAGAGACUGGUUUUCUAAAAA